CGAGGAUGCCAGUUUCCUGGGGUACGCCGCGGGCCAGCGGAGGCCUAGGGGAGGUUGUGAGGUUCCCUGAGCAGGAACCCGGCUGGGGCGCGCACCGGCUCUCCUGCACUUAGUUCGUGGGCGCCAUGGCCAGCGUCCACGAGAGCCUCUACUUCAACCCCAUGAUGACCAAUGGGGUGGUGCACGCCAACGUAUUCGGUAUCAAGGACUGGGUGACGCCGUAUAAGAUCGCGGUGCUAGUGUUGCUGAACGAGAUGGGCCGCACAGGCGAGGGCGCCGUUAGCCUCAUGGAGCGGCGAAGGCUCAACCAGCUGCUCCUGCCGCUGCUGCAGGGCCCAGAUAUUACACUGUCUAAACUUUACAAAUUAAUUGAAGAAUCUUGUCCUCAGCUGGCAAACUCAGUGCAGAUCAGAAUCAAACUGAUGGCUGAAGGCGAAUUGAAGGAUAUGGAACAAUUUUUUGAUGACCUUUCAGAUUCUUUUUCUGGAACUGAACCAGAGGUUCACAAAACAAGUGUAGUAGGCUUAUUUCUGCGUCACAUGAUCUUGGCCUACAGUAAGCUGUCUUUCAGUCAAGUGUUUAAACUGUACACUGCCCUUCAGCAGUACUUCCAGAAUGGUGAGAAAAAGACCAUGGAAGAUGCUGAUAUGGAACUUGCCAGCAGAGAGGAGGGUGAAAGGAAAAUGGAAAAAGAAGAACUUGACGUAUCUAUAAGAGAAGAAGAGGUAUCUUGCAGUGGGCCUCUGUCCCAAAAACAAGCAGAAUUUUUUCUUUCUCAACAGGCUUCUUUGUUGAAGAAUGAUGAGACCAAGGCCCUCACUCCAGCUUCUUUGCAGAAAGAGUUGAACAACUUGUUGAAAUUUAAUCCUGAUUUUGCUGAAGCGCACUACCUCAGCUACUUAAACAACCUCCGAGUUCAAGACGUUUUCAGUUCAACACACAGCCUCCUUCAUUAUUUUGACCGCCUGAUUCUUACUGGAGCCGAAAGCAAAAGUAACGGGGAAGAGGGCUAUGGCCGGAGCCUGAGAUACGCGGCUCUAAACCUGGCCGCCCUGCACUGCCGCUUUGGUCACUAUCAACAGGCAGAGCUUGCCCUGCAGGAGGCGAUUAGGAUUGCCCAGGAGUCCAACGAUCACGUGUGUCUCCAGCAUUGCUUGAGCUGGCUUUACGUGCUGGGACAGAAGAGAUCUGAUAGCUAUGUUCUGCUGGAACAUUCUGUGAAGAAAGCUGUACAUUUUGGGUUACCAUACCUCGCCUCCCUAGGAAUACAGUCCCUGGUUCAGCAGAGAGCUUUUGCUGGAAAGACGGCAAACAAACUUAUGGAUGCCCUAAAGGACUCGGACCUCCUGCACUGGAAGCACAGCCUAUCAGAGCUCAUCGAUAUCAGCAUCGCCCAGAAGACAGCCAUCUGGAGACUCUAUGGCCGUAGCACUAUGGCCCUGCAGCAAGCCCAGAUGUUGCUGAGCAUGAACAGCCUGGAGUCCGUGAACGCGGGCGUGCAGCAGAACAACACGGAGUCAUUCGCUGUGGCGCUCUGUCACCUCGCUGAGCUGCACGCAGAGCAGGGCUGUUUCGCCGCCGCUUCAGAAGUGUUAAAGCACUUGAAGGAGAGAUUCCCACCUAAUAGUCAGCAUGCCCAGUUAUGGAUGCUGUGUGAUCAAAAAAUACAGUUUGACAGAGCAAUGAAUGAUGGCAAAUAUCAUUUAGCUGAUUCACUUGUUACAGGAAUCACAGCUCUUAAUAGCAUAGAGGGUGUAUAUAGAAAAGCAAUUGUCCUACAGGCUCAGAACCAAAUGUCAGAGGCACACAAGCUUCUACAGAAAUUGUUGAUUCAUUGUCAGAGAACCAGGAAUACAGAAAUGGUGAUCAGUGUCCUGCUGUCUGUGGCGGAGCUGUACUGGCGAUCUUCCUCCCCGACCAUCGCACUGCCCGUGCUCCUGCAGGCCCUGGCUCUCUCCAAGGAGUACCGGUUGCAGCAUUUGGCCUCUGAAACGGUGCUGAACUUGGCUUUUGCCCAGCUCAUCCUUGGAAUCCCAGAACAGGCCUUAAGUCUUCUCCAUAUGGCCAUCGAGCCCAUCUUGGCUGACGGGGCUGUCCUGGACAAAGGCCGGGCCAUGUUCUUGGUGGCCAAGUGCCAGGUGGCUUCAGCAGCUUCCUGUGAGCCACUGAAGAAAGCAGAAGCUCUGGAGGCCGCCAUUGAGAACCUCAACGAAGCCAAGAACUAUUUUGCAAAGGUCGACUGCAAAGAGCAAAUCAGAGACGUCGUUUACUUCCAGGCCAGACUCUACCACACCCUGGGGAAGACUCAGGAGAGGAACCGGUGUGCGAUGCUCUUCCGGCAGCUGCAUCAGGACCUGCCCUUUCACGGGGUGCCCUUGAUAAAUCUUCUCUAGUGAGAACACCCCCGCUGGAUGCCUGUGUAGGGUACAAGAUUUUGGACUCGUUCAUGCUCCCUCCCUCCACAUAAAUGAUGUAUUCAAUGGUCUGUCUUACCAGUAAACUGCAUUCUGGUUAGUCUUGUCUUAUUUUGUUGCUAAAAUAAACACAUUUAUUUUCCCUUUUCUUUCUUUUGAAAAGAUAGAAAGGAUACUGACUUUUUCUUGAUAAAUGCCUGGUUUAUUGCUAAAUUAGUGCAAAUGUUAAAGAUUAUAUUCUCUCUGGGCAAAACUGCCAAUAUCUUAUUAGAAAUUGUGCACACUCUCCACCACUGUGUAAAAUUCAUCUUGCAUCUGUGCUCAGACAAGAGCUCUUGUGGGUAUUGGUAGACCUCUCAAGGGGCUUGAGGCCGGUUUUUCAGAGGCUUGAGUUUUCCUUCGAGGCUGCCCUGCUUUGUUCUGCUGGACAUCUGCUCGUGGUGGGCCUGCGUGUGCCUGCUAGCACAUGUCAAUCCCUGACUGGAGAUUAAGAUGGAAGAGGUCCUUUUAUGGGUUUUUGGACCCAUGACAAGAAGCAUAUUUCAGUCACUUUCUGGGUGUUGACUUUCUCAUCGCUUCUGCAUGAGUAUGUUUUUUCUUUACUUAGUAAAUGAGGGGUGAGAGAAGAAAUUCCUCAUGAAUAAGGUGAUUAUAAGUUGAGAAAGGGUCUGAAGCUCAGAGGUGCGUGGAUGCUAUCACUCAAAUAUGCACUGUAUCUUAUUUACAUAUAUCAACCCUGCAAUUAAGCAGAAGCCGGUUGUUGUUCUUCAGCAAUUUGUGAAUUUGUGAAUUUGUCUUCAGCAAUUCACAGAAAAAUCCCUGUGUUUCAAAUCCAAAACAGCAACAAGGAACCAACCAAAUCCUGCCACUUCUAUCAUUGGCUCUUUCUCUGUUAAAUUUAAACCUUCCGAUGGGAAACAAUUUACCCCCAGAGCUCUUUGAGACUGUAAAACAACUCCCACUCUUGAGGGUGCGAUUGUUCACUGGCCAAAGACAGCUGCUGUGAAAAUAAAAGACUCAGUGUGGAU